AUGAUUGUUUUGGACCCCCACAGAGGGUUUUCGUUUGUGCCCAAUCAGCACACGAAACAGGAGAAGGUCCAUAGCAACGGUUUUGACCGGCUUUGCUGGGAUGAGCAUCUCGAUCCUCAAGAGGAUGAUGCGUCUGAAUCGUCUGCAGCUGCCACCAGUGUGAGCGAAUCAAGCACUCAGGCCAGUGACGUGACUGAAAGUGAGGAUGUGCUGAGUCCACGGAAACUCACACGGAAGAUGAAGAAGGAAUUGAAGCUGCAGAAGAAGGCUAGCGCAAGAAAGCUUCGCCUGGCUAAGAAGGGCUUGACUGAGGCUUUCAUAGAUACUGACUUCAAUGAGUAUACGGCACGGCAGCAGAUCAAGAAGCUUCACGACCGGAUCUUGAAGAAGAACGUCCUGCCAGACCCAACUGACUUCAAGGUGUUCCACUACGAAUCUGUGGCUUUUUACAAGUCAGACGUAGACCAUCUCGUGCCUGGAGAGUGGCUUAAUGAUAAUAACAUUGCACUUGUGUACGAGUUGCUUACUCACACGUUUUUGAAGCUGAUCCCGUUUGGCCACGAGAUUCUUUUGCUUUACCCUUCGUUAGUGCAGUUGUUCUUGCAUUAUCCUGUGAUAGAGGAGGUCCUGGCGAUCUUGCCACAGAAGGAGUUGGCCAAACUGAAGUUUUUGUUUAUUCCCUUCAACUUUGUUGAUAGUUCGAUCGAUUUAGAAGAUGCUAAUAAUGGCGAUCAUUGGGCAUUGUGCGUUUUGAGCAUCAUGGAGAAACGCUUGUAUGUGUUUGACUCUAUGUCAUCAGAGGACGACCAUGACGGCGAGAAGUUGCUAGCGCAGCUUGCUAAGCGUCUUCAGGCUGCCAUUUUCAAGCCACACGAUACGCUUUCGGUAUUAAAGAUGCCAUGUGAUCAACAAGACAAUUUCGACGAUUGUGGUGUGUUUUGUAUCAUGUUCACCAUAUACCUCGUGUCGUUGCUCAUUUCCGAAGAGCCCGUGGAUUGGUGA